CUUGAAGUAUCGGUGGACGUUUUUAUUUAAAAUUGUGAAUUUUGUCGUAACCGGAAAUAAUAUAAAGCUUGAAAUAACAAUGCAACUAAUGCAUUUAAUUCCGGGAUAAAGAGGAAAUCGUCAAUUGAAUGUGUCAUUAGGAGAUGGAACAAACACUAUGUGUGUUAAUCAAUUCAGUUGAUUGGUGUAUGGAAAACUUAGUAGAUUGAAUUGGUGGACAUGAUUUGAUUAGUUAUGAUUGGGAAAACUACAAAAUUCCUGGUGCGAAUAGAAUUAAGGAAAAAUUGACCCUAUCUCUAAUAUAUGACCAGAUUUAUUGUUCCUGUAUGAAAGAACGGAUUCUCAAUGAUACCAGACAGAGCAGGUGAACAUUUUGAGAAAACAGUUAUCCAUGCAACCAUUGGUGAUACAAUAACCUUAGAGUGUCCAAUUAUAUCACAGAACCUGUCUGUUCAAUGGGUAUUUCUUGACACCCAGCUAGUGUUGUUUGAUGGCUUUCAAAUUAAUCAUAAAAGGAACAACGAGACAAGCAGUCCGAAAUUUGAAAUCACUGGAAAUCCUGAUCUUGGGGAGUAUGAUUUGAAAAUUAAUGCCGUUGACAUUCAAGACAAAGGCGAUUAUAAAUGUGAGACUGAAAUACAUGGAAAAAUUUUCAACUUAGUUAUAAGAGAAUAUUCACAGAUAAAUGGUUCAAACGAAUAUAUGACAGAAAGUAAUUAUCAAAAGUCAGAAAGAUUUUCAAUCUACAAGUGGAUUAUGAUCUUCAUGUUUGCAAUUGUAUGCAUUUUCAUAUUACCAUUAGUGGUUGCAGGUGUAACAAAAGUGAUACGAUCCAACCAUGGACUAAACGGAACAGAUACAGAUAUAGAAAGAGCACCAGAAUUUUUAUAUGAAACAAUAAAUGACACAGGGGUUAUUCGUGCACCAUCAUCAGGCUCACCAAGGUCUAACAUUACUAUAUUGAGACCAAAUGAACAUACUCUCGGGUCUGAAAGGUCUGUUACAUUAUGCCGCGAUUCAAAUAAUGUGCAAAGUCGAUCUUAUGCAACUCAGUUAUCUGUCCAUAUACCAGACAUAUUUUUUGACAACAAAGCUGAUUCUGAAACGUGAAGUACACAAAGCUUAGGUACAAGUCUAUGUCUGGUCUAUGAAACUCCGUACAUUGAUCAUUAUCAUCCUUGAGUAAGGAGUUAGGAAUUUCAAUCACGCAUAUAUUAUGAUGAUUGUUCACUUGACAUCAUAAACCUCUAUUAAUUCUUUUUGAGUUGACUUUGAGGACAGUCUUUUGAUAUAAUUGUAUUCGAUAAUGAUCGUUUCAUUUAAUGCUUUGAUGAAAAAUUAAACAAGAAUGUAUAUAGAGACAUUAUGCGAUGGAAUUGCAUUUAAUUUAAUUAUUCCACUAUAUUCCUGUUAUAAUUUACGUGUAGUUAACAAGAGAUGAGGUAUUAAAAGAUCCAGUAUUUCGUCCCUGAUAUUGCAAAAAUAAUAGAAUGCAUCAAUGCUUUCAAAAUGAUCUAAACUUUAUUGAUAAAUGACCAAAAGAUUCUUGUCAGCUUAACGUUCAGUGGCAAAUAUUUCACACAUAUUGAUGGCGAUAUUAAUAAAUGAAAAGAAUGAUUGAAUUUGGCACUUUAAUGUAGAAAUUCUUAUUGUGCUGUUGGUUAAAGGCAUGCCGAAAUUGACAUAUUUGUACCUAAAAUAGCCAUUUAACACAAAGUUCUUGGUAAAAUAAAAUAUGAUAUAACACCAUUUCUGUAUGAGACAUCUCUUGGCAAAAUAUUUUUUUGGGGGCAAGGUUAUAGAUCAUAUCUAAAUAUUAGUGUCAAGACCUCAAAAUGAGACCAUUUAGAUAGUUUUGCAUUAAAUGUAAGAAGUUUUAGGCCCUUUUAGAAAAUAUGUCAGCUACAUAUGAAUACUAAUGUUUGAAAGACUCGUGAAUGUCUAGUGUUAUUUGAUAGAUGCAUCAUCCUAUUGAACCAAAAAAUGACAUAAUAUUUUUCUUCUUUAGUUUUAACUUCAAACUUUUGACUUCUAUUUAAAUAAAAAUAUCAUUAAGUCGA